GCCACCCAGGCCAUGGCACCUAAAGCGGGAAACAAGCGAUCUACGCACAGCACAGCACAUGGCAGCGGCAGGUCCAAGGGCGCCGGGGUGCCCGACGGCCGCAAGUCCGGCAAGGGCGCUAGCGGCGGCGCCGGGGCGGAGGGAGGCGCCAUGACCACAGCGGUCAUCCAGAAGAAGAUGGUGGGCGGAGUGUCACCGGGGGUGGAGCUGCAAGUACGGACGCUGCUGCAGAAGCUGAUGGUGCAGGCUGCGCAGCCACCCACCCCGGAACCAAACCGGUGCGGCAGCGGCGCAUUCAAGGGCGACGACAGCAGCCCCAGCGGCAGCGGCAGCGGGCCCCCUCCGCCGGUGGCGGCGGCUGCGGAUGCCCGCACGCUGGCGGGUCUGAGUGCGCUGUGGGAGCAGCUGGCGGGUCUGGGGUUCGGAGCGGAGGCGGUCAAGCGGGUGGUGGCGGAGGGACUGCCCAGGGGCCAGCCCGCCUCCCUGGACGCCGCCCUAGACUGGCUCUGCCUCUACCUGCCGCCGGCUGAGCUGCCGUACAGGUUCAAGUCCGCUGGCGGCGGCGGAGGAGGCGGCGGUGCACCCGUACGCAUCCUGGCGGUGGCUGCGGCGGCACAGCAGCAGCCUCAGCAGCAGGAGCAGGAACAGGCGGUGG